AUGCAGUUUUUCAAACAAGAUCACAUUAAUAUCUACUUAGCUAAAUUCAAAAGCCCGAAGCUAGAAAGAUAGUUUCAUAGUAGCCUAGAGCCAAAAAGAAAGAUACCUAUUUAUUUAGUUGUUUUGGCAGAGAUUAUAUGGGCUUCUAUGAGAUUAAUGUUAGGCAUAGAUCAAUAAAAUGAACUUUAGACGCUUAUUGCAUGCUCAGCUUUCAUGGUUAUUUUCAGAUUUAUCCCCUCACGCUUCUAAUAAUAUCUAUUAAUUAUGGGUUAGAUAUACUCUACUUUUAAUGUUUAGACCUACUUGCAAGAUUAUAACAAAGUGAAUUCUACUAAUUUAAGUACUUUCUAAAUCAAUUUUCAAAAUGGAAUGAUGCAAGUGAUUUAUUACACCCUUGAGUCCCAAAAUUUUCCCCUAGAAGUAGUCAGUAUGUGUGUAAACUUUGGUAUAAUUAUAUACUACAUGACUAUGCCAAUUGAAUAUUUGGAAGUUUAUAUAAUGUCCUUUAUUAUAAUCAUAACAUACAAGCAUUACCAUAACAUGAAUUCAAGAAGAUUGUUCCUAACCCUCAAAAAUUUUUAAUAGUUGGAGAAAAUCAAUGAUGUUGUUUAAUCCAACAUUCUAAUCAUUUAAUAGUUUAACUCCCGCACGUACGAAAUGCAUUUGAUUGAUUGUAAUGAAAAAGCUAAGAAAUUAAAUAUUCAGAAAAAUCAAGAAGCUUAUACCUCUUAUCUGUAAUCCCUUAAAAUAGUGGAGAAUGCAUAGUUAUCGCAAACUCUCCUAGUCAAUAAGGGACACAAUACAAAGUUAGAGUCUUUAAAAGAUGUACUAUUAAUAAGACAUUCAUAAGUAUAUAACGAAAUGAUGUAAAAAAAGCAAGAAUAAAUGAUAUAGCAAAAGUAGAAAAACAAAAAACAAUAAAAAUAGCUUGAUGACUCUGAUUAAUUAUAAAUAUUAAAAGGUGAUCUAAAAGUAAAUUGGAUUGAUCCGACAACAAAAAAGACUAUUAAAUAUAAUGUAAAGUUAGUACCAAUAUUUAUUAAUGAGCCUCUUAUUGUAAUAUUUCUAGAAGAUAUUACUAUCUAUUCUUAAUUUAUGAAUUUGAGGACCCUUAAAAAUAACGAGUCCCAACUAUUUUAAUCCUUCGCUUCGUUUUUAGAUGAUAAAUUAACUUAAAUUAUGUAAAUGGGUCAAAUAUCUGUCAAAGAAAUACAAAGAUAAUUAAUUUCUAUUAAACAAGUCUUGAAAUUCUUAAAAAAAUUUGAGCUAACCCAAUCAUUUUUAGAGGAGUUUUCUAUUCAAUAAGUUAUCAAAUAAAUUUAAAUACUUUACGAAGAUUUUACACAUAUUUAAUAUGUAAACAAUUUGAAAAGUGAGAUUAUAAAGUCUAAUAAAUCAGCUUUAUUUAGUAUUAUUUUAGGCAUUGUCAGCUCAUUUAAGCCCACUGAAAUAAAAUAGAUAAUUAUUAAGCCCAGCGAAACUAAAUUUUCCUCUGCUAUAAAAUUAGAAGUGGUUAUAAAUAAUUAGAAAAAUAAUAAUACUUAGUAUAGAGAUUUCCUUAAUUAAUAUAAUCUUUUAUAAUAUCCUUCUCUCUAUGAAGCUUAUACAUCUUAUUUUAAUAAGUUGUUAAAAAAGAUAUGUUUGAACAGCUAUUACACUUGCGAAAUAGACGAAGAAAACUAAACAGCUGUUUUUUCAGUUGAAAUUAUCUAGGAUCUUUCAUUAGUCAUUACCACUCAUUGCAUAUAAAUAUCAUAGUCGCUUAUUAAAUUGCAACCUUCCCCUAUUGAGAGCCACUAUUGCUCUCCAGAUUAAACACUUGAAUCAGAAUAAUUUAGUAAAGUUAGCAUCACUUCUAUUUAAUAAGUGUAUUCUUCAGCAGCUCCUUAAAAUUUUAAGCUGAAAACCGAAUAAUAGAUUUAAUUAAGUUGA